AUGUCUGUGCAAACGUUGCUUAUUGACUACCAGCGGGAGAUUGUUCUAGACCAGACUUAUAAUCCUCCAAUCAUCAUCCCCAUUGGGUCAAAUAGAGAGGCUUUUGCCGAAGCGAUGCGACCACUUGCCCAGAGACACGGUAUUCAAGAAAUCACCCUUCUUGCAAACAUCGACAUCGCCAUGUUCCAACCUACAAUUGAAAAUCCUUGCUGGCCGAUCCUCAAGAGUUUCACAUUCGCAUUUUGCAACGUCCUUCAGUCCUAUGAGAGGGUAGUGACAAAGGAAAAUCCUUUGUCAGCAGAAGAGGAAGAUCAUCAACGACAAGAGACCCGUGAAAGAGUGGCUAAUUUGAAUUACGAAGUUUUGGAGGCUUGGAGAACGGCUACCAAGACUCACGAUGUUGUGGUUGAUCGGUGCCAUACAAAUGAGUUGGAGGUUGCGGGGAGGUAUGCCAAUGAGUUUGGACCUGAUUUCCAAUAG